AUGGCUGGAGUUCCAGAGAAGGUGGUCCAAGAAGUGGAGGCCAUGAUGGGGUCGACAGCCCCAGUCAACUCCAAGGUUGACCAGAUCGUCCAGCUUCUGAGGACCCAUGGCCUUGCCCAUGACCAAGUUUUGCUUCCAAGUCAAAUCUUGGUUCAUCCUGAGAAUAGAGGACGGUCCAUGGUCUCGUAUUUCGACGUAUGGUCCAAAGGAAGCCAAAUGUGCAGUGUGGGCUUCCAGCCGAAGCUCCUGGACGGCCAGACCAUCUGCACCCAAAUGGCCACUGCCGAGACCAAGAGGCUUGCCCAAGUGCAAGCCAACCGCCAAUUGGUGACGGAGGCCAAGGGCCACCUGGCACCAGUGAGUGGCCAGGAAGGAUUCCUCUCCCUUGCAGGGAGCCACAGUGUGGCCUUCCUCCGGUGCCUGCAAGCUGGGAUCCAGGGACCAGAGGGCUACCACUGCUCCAUUGCCAAGUCGGACCCAGCAUGGCGAGCUGUCGAGCAAGGAUGGUGCUGGAUCGUGCUGGCGGCCUCCAUUGAGGAAGCCAUCCCACAACUUCCCAACUUCAUUCAGCAUGCUGCCAACUCGUCCAACUCAAUAUCCAAAGCCAUAAACGAGUUGGAGGUCGCACUCCAUGUGGCCACUGCAUUUGAAAAGGGCAUGAGCCUUUCAGAUGCCAUCCAGCAGGCCAACCAAGGAGACGUGCGAUGCCGCUCCAGCGUCCCCGCCAUCGCCAAAUUCGUCCAGAACUUCGGCGGCGGCAGCAAGGGGUUCCCACUCCUCCAUUUCCUCGCCAGUUUCUCCAAGCAAUUCAACGCCACACUGUUGGUGGGGACCGAACUGAUGUCCACCCUGGUGUCGCUAGACUUCCAUCAAGCGACAUGCAUCUUCCCGAUGCUGCGGGUGGCUGCCUGGGCGACCAUGUUGACAAGCCCCAAAUCCCAAGACGGCUUCAGCCGCAUACUCUCCACCAACGAUCUCCAGAAGCUUAAGGCACCAGGCAUGCUCGACCAAGUUACCCAAGCCGAAAGCAUGCUCCAAGAUGCCUGGAAAAUCCAACAGGAAAAUCUUGUGAGGCAGACCCACCAUUCGGCCCACUUGACCAAAUGCUUUGGUCGACUUGCAGUCAGAGUUUGUUUAUUCCUGACGAACAAACAAAAGUCAGGCCGGGAAACCAAGCACUGGCCAUCUCUGCAAGCCAUCUUGAGUGCCUAUACCAAGGAAAUCCAAGAUACCUCGACGGGAGAUGCCAGCAGUGCGGACCAUGGCAAAGCACAGACGGACAUGAAGGUCACGGAUGUCUUGGCGGCGAGCCACAAGACCAUAGCCAUGCUGCAAAACCAUCAUAUGGAAAUGGGCAAGUUGUACACUUGCAAGGACCACGGUGCCAAGGUCUUCCAGCUGACUGACUUGACGGACGACCAUGCCACCAUGACUCACAAGCCACUCUUCCAGGACAAGGAAGAAGUCCAUGUGCCCUUGCAGAAGUUGCCAACGUGGAAGGCCACCAAGGCCCUGAUGCCCAUGUUGUGCCCCCAGGAACUUGCCACGGAAGGAAUGACAGCCAAGCUUCUCUUGGAGGAGCGGGCCAGGUCGGAGGUGCAGCUGGCUCUCCACAAAGCGGCGGAAAGGCACCAUGUGGAUGCCCAGACCAUCGCUUUCGGCCAGAACCCGCAGGGGGUGUUUGCGGCCAAGGCCAUUCGCAAAACCAUUCGUUUGGUUCCACUGGGCCCGGUGAACAAAGCCAAGUCGACCGCCAAGGAAACGAAGCUUCUCAUCGAGCACGGCGGCCACAGCUGGACCAUUGGGCCAUUCCGCCAGAAUGUCCACUUCGAAGCAGACAGCCCAUGCUGCUUGAUUCCAUAUUUCUGGUGCAAGCCCACGAGCGAGCCAUCCGAGGUCACCAUGGUGCACUCCACGGUCGUCGAGUCUGGGAUUACCAUCCCCUGCUUGGAGAAUCCAGCUCCGCUGGAGCAGUGCCAGCAGCUUUUGUUCCUGGCCGCCCAUGCCGAGGCUUCCGAACCAGACCAUGCCGAGGAGGGGCCAUCAGAGGCCAACCCUAAAGCCAAAGCCAAAGCCAAGGUGAAGGCCCAGGCCAAGGCCAAAGAGCAGUCGGAGCCUCCGUCCAAGAAGGCCAAGAAGUGA